CCGGGGGCUGCCGUCUUCAACCUCCGCAGCACCUGACGAACCCUUCAGAACCAUCUGAUUCCAGAAAGGAAGAAGAAGAAGAAGAAGAAGAAAAAAUUCGCAGAACCCAAAUGCCCACCCUCAAUCCCGAAGUCCUCCGCCCGCUCCCUUCUCUUCCGCCGCCGUCCGCCGCCGUCCUGGCGGAGAAAGCCCUCACCUUCCUCAGACGCCACCCUCGCCACCUCGACUCCCUCUCCUCCACUUUCACUCCUCAAGCCGCUUCGCACCUGCUCCUCAAGUGCCAGAACGACAGGACCUCGGUCCUGAAUUUCCUCCGCUGGGCUAAACCCCAUGGCUUUUUCGACGCCCGGUGCAAGUGCCUCGCUCUUCACAUCCUGACCCGCUUCAAGCUGUACAAAUCGGCCCAGGCAGUCGCGGAGGACCUCGCCCUCGGAACCCAUGACGAGACUGGUAAUUUGGUUUUCACGUAUCUCAAGGAAUCUUACAAUCAGUGCAAUUCUAGCUCCGCCGUGUUUGAUCUGGUGGCGAAGUCUUACUCGCAUGUCAAUAUGGCCGAUAAGGCUUUGCAAAUGGUUAAUUUUGCUAAAUCGCACGGUUUUAUGCCGGGCGUUUUGUCAUACAAUUCGAUCAUAGAUGCCAUGAUCAGGUCUAGGCAAUCGGUUAAAUUAGUCGAAGAGGUGUACGGCGAUAUGAUCAAGUGUGGAGUGUCGCCGAACGUGUUUACUUUCAAUGUACUAAUGCGGGGUUUUUGCGGGGCUGGUAAUUUGGAAAUGGCAUUGCGCUUUUUUCAUGAUAUGGAGAAGCAUGGUUGUCUGCCUAAUGUGGUUACGUAUAACACCCUGAUUAAUGCAUAUUGUAAGUCGGGAAGAAUGGACGAAGCAUACGAGUUGUUACGAUCAAUGUCGUUGAAAGGUUUGGAACCUAAUGUGAUAUCAUAUAAUGUGAUCAUUAAUGGGUUGUGCAGAGAAGGGAAAAUGAAAGAAACCUGUGAGGUUUUGAAUGAGAUGAGCAGGAUUGGUUUUGUUCCCGACGAAGUCACCUAUAAUACGCUCAUAAAUGGCUAUUGCAAGGAUGGUAACUUCCAUCAAGCGCUUGUUUUGCAUGCGGAAAUGGUGAGGAACGGGUUGUCGCCGAACGUUUUCACUUAUACUUCCUUGAUAAAUAGUAUGUGUAAAGCUAGAAACUUGAACAGAGCCAUGGAAUUUUUUGAUCAAAUGCAUGCUCGGGGGCUUUGUCCGAAUCAAAUGACAUACACGACGUUGGUCGACGGCUUCUCCCAACAGGGAUUGUUGAAAGAGGCGUACGAGAUCUUGGACGAGAUGACACGUAGUGGGUUCCCACCAACAAUAGUGACAUAUAAUGCUCUAAUUAAUGGGCACUGUUUCCUGGGAAGAAUGGAAGAGGCUUUAGAGAUGGUUCGACAAAUGGGGUAUAAGGGGAUUUCACCAGAUGUGGUCAGUUACAGUACCAUCAUAUCUGGGUUUUGCAAACAUGGAGAUCUCGAGAGGGCCUUGGAAUUGAAACAAGAGAUGAUUGAGAAAGGCAUAAAACCAGAUUCAAUCACUUACACAUCACUCAUUCUGGGGUUCUGUGAACAAAGAAGAUUGACUGAAGCUUGCGAACUAUUUCAACAGAUGUCUCGGAUGGGCCUGGUUCAUGACGAGUUUAGUUACACUACCCUCAUAGACGCUCAUUGUGCAGAAGGAAAUAUCAAUGCUGCUUUUGAUUUGCACAACGAAAUGAUACAAAAGGGUUUUCUUCCAGAUGUGGUUACUUAUAGUGUUCUCAUCAAUGGACUCAAUAAACAAGCUCGGACCAGAGAAGCGAAGAGGCUUUUGCUCAAGUUGUUUUAUAAUGAGUCUGUUCCGGGCGAUGUUACCUACAAUACCCUUAUAGAGACUUGCACUAAUGUUGACUUUAAAAGUGCAUUAGCUCUUCUCAAGGGAUUUUGUAUGAAGGGUAUGAUGAAGGAAGCAGAUCGGGUGCUAGAUUCAAUGCUUCAGAGGAACCAUAGGCCUAGUGAAGCAGUCUAUAAUGUAAUCAUACAUGGGCACUGUAAAGGUGGGAAUAUACAAAAGGCAUUCAAUCUCUACAAGGAAAUGGUGCUGGCUGGCCUAGUUCCUCAUACUGUAACCGUCACUGCCCUGAUAAAAGCACUUCAUGAGAGUGAGAUGAAUGACGAGUUGAGUGAAGUUAUACACAAUACAAUGAAGAGCUGCAAGCUUUCUGAUGCAGAAGUUGCUAAAGUGCUUGUUGAUAUCAACCAUAAGGAAGGGAAUAUGGAUGCUGUAUUUAAUGUGCUUUCAGAAAUGGCUAAGGAUGGCCUCCUUCCGAAUAGUGGAAGAACUGCCUAUGUUGGAUAAUUUGCUGGGAGAUUAUCACCAACAAGCAGUAUCCAUUGUGGAAGAGGACCAGUGAUUAUGGAGCAAAGAUUCAUGUUUAGAAUUCUGGAGAAGUGGACCCUGUAAUCUUUCCUCUGUUCCAUGUCCUCAUGGUCCUUUAUACAUCCCCUAGCUCUGGUGGCAUCUGCUCACGGAGAAUCAGAGAUAACUUUCACUAAGCCAUUCAUGAAGCAUAGGAGUCAGGUGCAUAUUUUUAGCUGUGAUCGUAAAAGAAAAUGCUGCGCAAGUGGGUGCAUUCAGCGAGAAAAGAAGCUGGCAUCUCGUAAUGAUUCUGCAGAUCUUCCCCAGAGUAGCAGUUGUGCCGAUCAAAAGCAUGUUUUACAGUAGACAGGCAACUUCUACGUCCUCUGCCUACAAAAAUUGCUAGGGAAUGGCCACCGUUCCAUGACCAGAACAAUAUCCUUAUCAGUGGUACAAAACUUGGGUUUCCAUUAGUCAUGGCUGGAUCGAUGGUUGAGUUGAGUAAACUUCCUCUUUGUGGUUCUAAUCUGCCAUGUUGAUUGAGAUAUUGCAGAUGGAGAGAGAGGACUACUGGUUCAAAACAGGCAUGGACUUUUACGAUUUUGAUCGGUACAAAACAUGGCUCUGCAUGAUCGAUACUGGUGCAUUGUGAGCCAGACCUUCCAAAACAAUUAAUGGACCAAUCAUGAUGUGUCAGUUGCCCAUUCUACUGGACCUGUCAAGCCGGUAUAAUAUUUCUCUACCAAAGGUACUCCAUCCUUCAGUGGACUGCGUUAUUUCUUGAAAUUUUCAAGUUUGAGGAACUUGAGAAAGGCCCUUUGCCAGCGAAAGCAAGGACACUAACUUCCAUUAGUUAGGUUCGGCUACCCACAAGAUAAUUGAUGAGCUCUUCAUUGGGGCAGAUGCCGACUCUAAAUAUUCUCGAGAUCCUAUUAGGCAUAGACAAUGAGUUGGGGAAGUUGCCCUUUGCUGCCUGUUUUUCGACUUUUUGGGUACUGAAGGAAUCAAGGUCAAUUUCUCAGCACACAGGCAUGUGAUCUCGCGUAUAGAAGGUAGACAACGAUGUCUAUGUAGAUUCUAGAUUGCUCUACAGAGAAGGCUUCUAAUGUAUUAGGAUUGCGUACGGUGAAUGUUGAAGAGUGAAUGUGUAUUAGGA